UUCUCGAAAACAGUUAACGACUCAAAGUACAACGCAUCCAUGCUUGGGCUGUCCAGAUGUAUCAUACAAUUCCAGUAUGGCUGUGGAUGACAACAUGGAAACAUGUACUAGGACAGAUAAAGAACAUGAUCCAUGGUGGAUGGUUGAUCUUCGAGAGACAAAAGCAAUAUAUGCCAUAAACUUUUCCUUUCGAUUGUACAGUGAGGACUUAAGAUCAAGACAACAAGAUCGUUUAUCAGGAUAUUCCAUUUAUGUUUCAAAUUCUCAAGCGAAAGAAAGUGGUGAAUUGUGCUUCAAACAUAACGGGUCUUAUCUUCCAUCAUUAACUACGGAACACGUUUGCGCUUCGUUUGGAAGAUAUAUUCAGUUUGUCAAUAACAAGUUAACGUUUAUAGAAUUAUGCAAUUUAGUCGUUCUAGGCUGUGAUAAGAGAGGUUACUAUGGUGAUAAUUGCAAUAUUUGGUGUCCUGAGCAUUGCAAAAAUGAUCAAUGUUUCGUCACAAACGGGACAUGCCUUGGAUGUGCAAGUGGUUGGACUGGCAUUAAAUGUGACCAAGCCUGUUCAAAUGGAAAGUAUGGACCUGAUUGUUCGUUACCUUGUUCUGGACACUGCAAACAUAAUCUCACUUGCAAUCCCAUUAAUGGUACCUGCUUGAAUGGUUGUUCAGACGGAUGGAUGGGUGUGUCUUGUAACAAAAGUAAGCCUUUACUACAGACAUUGAUUGAAUGA